UGGGCGCUGCGAAUUAAACUGAAAGUCCUGCCAAAAGUCAUGGUUCCACUGAACAAGUUAGUGUUCAGCAGGUUGCGGAGAGUGUGUAGCCUAAAACGACUUCAGUCCGUCGUCGCAACUCUAAUUUUGUUCACUGUUUUGAGCCAAAUUCCUAACGAAAACGAACUAAAAAGCAGGAAAAUUAGAUAUGAUGAUUCCAUUGAAAGCAAUACCGGCAUUGAAAAUCAUCAUUCGAAUGCAUUUUCAAGAGGGAACUUGUCGUGGCUAGUAUCACCUGAGGACUUUUUUGGACGUCUGGAGGGCGGCCACGGCCGAACUCCCUGCCGUAAGCUGAAGAGCAUGGGAGGCCAACCGUGCAAUAGAGUUGUCGACGGGCACAAGCAGCUCUGUCUGGACACCGACGUUCACAUCAAUCCCCGCAAUUGCACGGUCUACUCGUUCGGAGUUUCCACGGAGAUCACCUUUGAUCGAGCUAUGGCGAAGUACGGCUGUGAAGUCCACAUGAUGGAUCCUACCCUGCCUCCUGGCGUGUACAAAAACCUAGGACCCAAGAUGAAGUUUCACCCUGUAGGACUAUAUUCAAAAUCCAAGAUUGUAGCAAUGAACUUAACACAAUAUGCGGACUGGCAAGGAAUGAUAAACUCCACAUUGAUGACAUACAGUGAAGUACAACAACUAUUGGGCCACCACGCACCAGUGGACUAUUUAAAGAUGGACAUAGAGAACUCAGAGUGGGUGGUAUUGCCUCACAUGAUGGCGAGAAAUCAACUGGCCGGAAUCAAGCAAAUCGCAGUUGAAAUUCACAUUGAUAGCUCUAAAUUUAGCAAGCCCGAGGUAACCGAGUAUCUGCGAGGGCGCUGGAGCAUUCUGGAAGGCCUGGAAGAGCACGGCUUCCGAGCGGCGCACUACGAGCCGACGCGGUCGCUGGAGUCCGAAUACAAGAUACCAGGCACCAACAGGACGAUCUUCACGUGUGGAGAACUGUUCCUAGUGAACAAACAUCAUAAGGAUUCAAAUUAUCAUAAUUUAUGAUAAGAAAUUAGUCGUCGUUCAUUUCAUUAAUAAUUAAUCUUUUAACCCCAUGAGACAAAGUUGAUAUUCACCGGAUCUUCUUUUUUUUUGGUGAAUAUUUUGGUAAU